GAAAGAUGCUGAAGUGGAGUCUGCCACAUCGCCGGACUCCCCCGGUUCCGAGGGGGUCGAUCCUGAUGUGGAGUCGGCUCUCGAGUACCUUCAGAUGCUUCAGGAAGGCGGCAUGUUUGCUGGCAAGGAACCGCUCUUGGCAAAGAUGCAGGAGCUGGCGAAGCAGGGGGUCCAUCCGAUGGAGGUCCUUCAGUCCAUGCGAAGGGCGCCCACGGAGGAGAAAAUGGAACCCGUGCUGGCUAGCUUUGACCUCGAGGGAAUCACAAGGUACAUAGCUGACAAAGCCUGCAAGAAGAUUGUCGUGAUGUGCGGCGCCGGAAUCUCCACCUCUGCAGGGAUCCCAGAUUUCCGAACGCCUGGCACUGGCCUCUACGACAACCUCCAGAGGUUCAAUCUGCCGCAGGCCGAAUCCAUCUUUGAAUUGCGCUUCUUCCGGGACAACCCCGGGGCUUUCUACGAGCUAGCGCGAGAGAUGUGGCCAGGAAACUUCGAGCCAACACCGGCUCACUACUUCAUUCGACUGCUCCACGACAAGGGCAUCCUUCUGCGAUGCUACUCCCAGAACAUCGACAGCCUCGAAUGUCGAGCUGGGCUGCCAGCGGAAAAGCUAGUGGCAGCCCAUGGUAAUUUCGAUGCGGCGCACGUCAUCGACAGGGAGCCAGAGGUAUUGGUCGACAUUAACGAGCUCAAAGCGGCUUUGGACAAGGGCGAGGAGGGCUGGCAGAAGCUUAGGGCGGAGAAGGGCGGUCUCGUGAAGCCCAAGAUCGUCUUCUUCGGAGAG